AUGUGCCGGCGCUGGCGGCCGUCCCGCUGUGCGCUUCGCGCGGGUCACCCCCUCUUCCCUCUCCUGACAGGAAGCUCCUCCAAGCGCACCUACUGCGUCGGAAGCCCCUCCAAGCGCACCUACUGCGUCGGUGGGAGUGUGCGGCUCAUGGCGUCUCCCUACUGCCCUCUGUCACCCGGAGGGCAUCCGCACCUGCACCCCCCUCACCUGGCCUGGGAUGUGGACCUGAUGGUGGCCACAGAGAUGCAGGGUGGCCGAAAGGGGGCCCCCUCAUCCGAGGUGAACAACAACGGCAUCAUCUCCUUCCUGAAGGAGGUCUCUCAGUUCACCCCGGUGGCCUUCCCUGUCGCCAAGGACCGCUGCGUGGUGGCGGCCUUCUGGGCGGACGUGGACAACCGGCGUGCGGGCGACGUGUACCACCGGGAGGCCACCGACGCCGCCACCCUGCUCAGGGCCACGGAGGACAUCAGGCGCUACUUCCCCGAGCUCCCAGGCUUCUCGGCCACCUGGGUUUUCAUCGCCACCUGGUACCGCGUGACCUUCUUCGGAGGCAGCUCCUCGUCCCCCGUCAACACGUUCCAGAUCGUGCUGGUCACUGAUGGAGCGUCCUCCUUCACUAUCUUCAACUACGAGUCCAUCACUUGGACCACGGGCACGCACGCUAGCAGCGGGGGCAACGCCACGGGCCUGGGGGGCAUCGCAGCCCAGGCCGGCUUCAACGCAGGGGACGGGCUGCGCUACUUCAGCAUCCCCGGCUCCCGCACGGCGGACAUGGCGCAGGUGGAGACCACCACCAACGUGGGCGUGCCCGGGCGCUGGGCGUUCAGAAUCGAUGAUGCCCAGGUGCGCGUGGGGGGCUGCGCCCAGACAACCUCCGUGUGCCUGGCCCUGCGCCCAUGCCGCAACGGUGGCACGUGCAUCGACGACUGUGUCACGGGCAACCCCUCGUACACCUGCUCCUGCCCCUCGGGCUUCACGGGGAGGCAGUGCCAUCUGGGUGUGGACGAGUGUGCAUCGCACCCGUGCCAGAACGGCGGGUCCUGCACACACAGUGCUGCCGGCUUCAGCUGCCAGUGCCCAGAUGGCUUCAGCGGGCCCACCUGUGAGACAGACCUGGACGAGUGCAGCUCCGGCCCCUGCCUCAACGGCGGCUCCUGUGUCGACCUCGUGGGGAACUUCACCUGCCUGUGCACAGAGCCCUUCUGGGGGCCCCGCUGCGAGACAGGAAGCCCCCUGGUGCCCGACGCCUGCCUCUCGGCGCCUUGCCAGAACGGGGGCACCUGCGUGGACGCAGACCGGGGCUACACGUGCGAGUGCCCCGAAGGGUUCAUGGGCCGCGACUGCCGUGACAGAACCCCCGAGGACUGUGAGUGCCACAACGGAGGCAGGUGCCUGGGGACCAACACCACCCUCUGCCAGUGCCCCCCCGGCUUCUUUGGGCUUCUCUGCGAAUUUGAAGUCACGGCCACACCCUGCAACGUGAACGCGCAGUGCCCCGACGGGGGCUACUGCAUGGAGUACGGCGGGAGCUACCUCUGCGUCUGCCACACCGACCACAACGCCAGCCGCUCGCUGCCCUCGCCCUGCGACUCGGACCCCUGCUUCAAUGGAGGCUCCUGUGACGCCCACGACGACUCGUACACGUGCGAAUGUCCCCGCGGGUUCCACGGCAGGCACUGCGAGCAAGGGAAACCGGACUCGUGCGCCUCUGGCCCCUGUCACAACGGAGGCACCUGCUUUCACUACAUUGGCAAAUACAAGUGUGACUGUCCCCCCGGCUUCUCCGGGCGGCACUGUGAGAUAGCCCCCUCCCCCUGCUUCCGGAGUCCCUGUGCGAACGGGGGCACCUGCGAGGGCCUGGGCACAGGUUUCUCCUGCCGCUGCCGGGCAGGGUACACGGGACGCCGGUGCCAGGCGGAGGUGGACUGCGGCCCCCCCGAGGAGGUGAAGCAUGCCACUCUGCGCUUGAAUGGCACUCGGCUGGGCUCAGUGGCCGUGUACUUGUGUGACCAAGGCUACAGCCCGAGUGCCCCCAGCGCAGUCCGGGUCUGCCAGCCGCAGGGCGUCUGGAGCGAGCCUCCCCAGUGCUACGAAAUUGACGAGUGCCUGUCACAGCCGUGCCUGCACGGGGGCUCCUGCCAGGACCGCGUCGCUGGGUACCUGUGCGCCUGCAGCCCAGGGCGGGAGGGAGCCCGCUGUGAGCUGGAGACAGACGAGUGCCAGGCACAGCCCUGCAGAAAUGGAGGCUCCUGCAGGGACCUGCCAGGGGCCUUUGUCUGCCAGUGCCCCGCAGGCUUCGCCGGAGUCCACUGUGAGACAGAGGUGGACGCCUGUGACUCCGGCCCCUGCCAGCACGGCGCCCGGUGCGAGAAGGCCGGCGGGGCCUACCUGUGCAUCUGCCCGGAGGGCGUCCUUGGCCACCGCUGCGAGACAGUGAGUGACCCCUGCUUCUCCAGCCCCUGUGGGGGCAGAGGCUACUGCCUGGCCAGCAAUGGGUCCCACAGCUGCACCUGCAAAGUGGGCUACACCGGCAAGGACUGUGCCAAAGAGCUCUUCCCACCAACGGCCCUCAAGGUGGAGCGGGUGGAGGAGAGCGGGGUCUCCAUCUCCUGGAGCCCGCCUGAAGGCCAGGAGGCCAGGCAAGUGCUGGACGGCUACGCGGUCACCUACGCGUCCUCUGACGGCGCCUCCCGCCGCACGGACUUCGUGGACCGGAGCCGCUCCUCGCACCAGCUCCGGGCCCUGGCGGCCGGCAGGGCCUACAACAUCUCCGUCUUCUCCGUCAAGCGCAACGCCAACAACAAGAACGACAUCAGCCGGCCCGCGGCGCUGCUCGCGCACACGCGACCCCACCCUGUUGAGAGCCUCGAGGUUACCAACGUGACCGCCGUGGCCAUCUCAGUGCGGUGGGCUCUGCACAGGAUCCACCAUGCCACGGUCAGCAGUGUCCGUGUGUCCAUCCGCCACCCUGAGGCGCAGGAGGACCAGUCCGCCGAGGUGGACAAGAGCGUGGACAGGUUCACGUUUGGGGCCCUGCUGCCCGGAAGGAGGUACACCAUCUGGGCGACUGCCCUCAGUGGGCUCAGGGGACAGGGACACCCCACCGAGAGCCUGGCCUCAGCUCCGCUGCACGUGUGGACCCGGCCUCUGCCACCAGUAAACCUGACUGCCACCCGAGUCACAGCCACGUCUGCUCACGUGGUCUGGGAUGCCCCCACUCCGGGCACCUCGCUGGAGGCAUACAUCAUCAACGUGACCACCAGCCAGAGCACCAAGAGCCGCUAUGUCCCCAACGGGAGGCUGGUGUCAUACACAGUGCGAGACCUGGUGCCCGGGAGGCGGUACCAGCUCUCGGUGACGGCCGUGCAGAGCGCCGCGGGCGACCAGCUGCACAGCGAGCCCGCUCACCUGUACAUCAUCACCUCCCCGAGGGAUGGCGCCGACAGACGCUGGCACCGGGGAGGACUGCACCCACGGGCGCUGAGAAACGGGCCGCCCNGCCGCCAGCUCCCGCGCCAGGCCACCCAGCAGGGCCCGGGGCACAGAGCUCCGUGGGGUGACCCUGACGACUCUCCGGACAGCUUCUCAGAGCUUGUGGACGGCAGAGGACGAGUGAGUGCCAAGUUCGCUGGCUCGCCUGGCAAAUCGGUCACCGUGAGAUCACAACCCACGGCCCCGGUGUGGCUGGAGCCCAUGGAGGACACCCCCACGCAGGUCAGCCCAGCCGUCCAGCUCCCGGCACGCAGUGGUGACAAGGACAUGGAGAGCGCCCCUGGGAACUGCUCGGGAAACCCGUGUCAGAACGGAGGCACGUGCGUGCCGGGCGCGGACGCCCACAGCUGUGACUGCAGCCCGGGGUUCAAGGGCAGGCGCUGUGAGCUCGCCUGUAGGAAGGUGCCCCAGCCCUGCACGCGGCUCUUCUCGGAGACGAAGUCCUUGCCGGUCUGGGACGGAGGCGUCUGUCACCAUGUGUACAAGAGACUCUACAGAGUGCGCCAGGACGUCUGCUUCCAAGAGAGCUGUGAAAGCACGAGCCCCGGGAAGACCCCGCACAGGUGCCUCUCGGGGAGGAGGCCCACGCUGCAUCCUGCAGUGCCCAGGGUCGCAGGCCAGGGUGGCCCUGGGGACUGAGCGCCAUGGGAGACCACGGGCCUGGGCGCUGAGCCAGGCUGUCCGCGUGCCCAGCGGCGC